GUGUGACAGGAGGAGGCUGUCCUUGGUUAGCUGAGCUAGCUAGAACAAGCUAAACAACACUUACAAUUUCAUUGUUUUAACAUAAUUACAUGAGACGUCGUUGCUGGAUUCGUCCCCUCAGGCCAUAGUUGAGGGUUGGGAUGUCAGACAGUCGUGGUGAGGAGGGGGGUCUAUCUCAGGCUGCCCCAACUAACAACACCCAGGACCUGUUUGACAGUUCCUCUCAGACAGUGGCCACACCUCAGGAUAAGGUGUCGCCUGUGGUUGAUGAGAUAUCUCCCUCUUCGACUUCUUCCUUUGAGAUGCUUGACAUGGAGUCUGUCCCAGCCCCAUACCAUGUAGUCCAGCCUCACUGGUUCUUCUGUCGACGAGCAGAUGACAACACCUCCUGGCUUCCUUUCAGCAUAGAGGACUCAGACAAACUAGAGGAUGCUUAUGGCAAUGGAGCUGAUAAGGACACAGUAGUAGCUGUGGAUGGUGAACGGUAUGAUGUGAACGUCAAGGAGAGGAGGCGCUAUGCAGUGUACUGGGAACAAGCACCCACUGAAGUCCGCCGCUGUACGUGGUUCUACAAAGGAGAUAAAGACACCAGGUUCAUGCCCUACCCUGAGGACUUCAGUGAGAGACUGGAGGAUGCAUAUAAACAAGCUGUGACCAAGGAUGAGUGGAAAAAGAAGUUGGAUUUUCCCUCAGGAGAAACUGUAAUUCUACACAAUCCCAAACUGAUAAUGCAGUAUCAGCCAAUAGGUUUGCAAGAUGAGUGGGUCUCCUCCCCCUCAGAGCACACCCGUCCACGGACGGUCAAAAGGGGUGUAGACAACAUCUCUGUAGAAAUACUCGAUGGUGAACCAGAAAAGGUGGACCACCUUGUCUUCAUGGUUCAUGGCAUUGGUCCUGCAUGUGACUUGCGUUUCAGAUCCAUCAUACAAUGUGUGAAUGAUUUCAGGAGUGCUUCUCUGUCCCUUCUGGCCUCUCAUUAUAAACGUGCUCAGCAAGAAGGCAAAGUGGGCAGAGUGGAGUUUCUACCAGUCAACUGGCACAGUGCUCUACAUGGAGAUGCCACUGGUGUGGAUGAGGACAUCCAACGGAUCACUCUGCCCAGCAUCAGUAGGCUGAGACAUUUCACCAACGACACUUUGCUUGACUUGUUUUUCUACAACAGCCCCACCUAUUGCCAGACCAUAGUGGACACUGUGGCCUCAGAGAUCAACAGGCUGCACGUUCUCUUUAAACAAAGACAUCCGGAGUUCAGUGGGGCAGUGUCAGUCGUGGGACAUAGCCUCGGUUCAUUGAUCCUGUUUGAUAUGCUAACUAAUCAGAGAACUGGAUCAGAAGUCAACACUGAGAAAAUGUCUGGUAGUGAGCAUUGUCAUAUCAGCAUUGACACAUUAGAGCAGAUUCUGACUAGACUGGGUCUACAGCAAUACCUGGCUACAUUGCAGGCAGAAAACAUGGACCUGGAAUCACUGGUUCUGUGUCAGGAAACUGAUCUCAAAGAUCUAGGAAUUCCUCUUGGACCUCGGAAGAAGAUCUUGAACUAUGUCAGGAGGAAAUGGCUCCCAAAGGAUUGCAGGCCAAGCACAGCGUGUCUAGCACCGGGGUUUCAAGUCACGCUUCAAGAGCCCUUGAUCUGUGAUCCUGAUGAUAACCAGUCUCCAGGACCGAUGCCACAGCAGUCACAGCUGCACAGAGCCCAGUCUGUCACCAGUGCCGUAGACUAUGAAUACUUCGACAUGGGCAUUGGACAGACCAAUGGAGGCAUAGCCAAGGGACAGGUAUCCAUUGACUACCCACAGCUCUCAUUCCAUCCGCAAACUUUUUUCGCAUUUGGAUCUCCCAUUGGGAUGUUCCUGACUGUCCGUGGGCUUAAACGUAUUGACCCAAACUAUACCUUCCCAACCUGCAAGAGCUUUUACAACAUCUACCAUCCAUAUGAUCCAGUGGCCUAUCGGAUCGAGCCUAUGAUAGUGUCUGAGGUGGAUCUAGAGCCCAUGCUAAUCCCUCACCAUAAAGGCCGCAAAAGGAUGCAUCUGGAACUAAAAGACAGUUUGACCCGUAUGGGCAUGGAUUUGAAGAAUAAUGUUUUGGGAUCAUUACGGACAGCAUGGCAGUCUUUUGCCAGACUUCCUGUUGCUGCACUGCCCCCAGUGGAGGCAGAUGAAACUACAAUAGAGACAAAUAUUCAAGAGAUACAUGCAGGAGUGUGUGAGGAGGCAGAACCCAUGGUGUCCUCAGAACAGACAGAGCAGCCUGAAAUCAAAGUUGGGAUGUUGAAUGGAGGGCGUAGGAUUGACUAUGUACUCCAGGAAAAGCCUAUUGAGAGCUUCAAUGAAUACCUGUUUGCCAUCCAGUCUCAUUUGUGCUACUGGGAAUCUGAGGAUACAGCUUUGCUGCUGCUGAAGGAGAUAUACGACAAGCUGGGUGUGGCCUUUGAACAGCCACAGCAGUAAUAAAAGUGUACAAAUGUAGACUCACAUUUGAAUCUAACUGUCAUCUGGAAGUGAAAACAUGAAGACCAGCUGUCUGAGACAAGGGAUCCACAAUCCUCUUUUUGAAUGCCUUACUGUCUGGGUGUUACCUGACUGCCCUGCCCUCUCAUCAUCCAACAGCAGAGACUGUUUGGCCGGUGUUACAUGAUCCAUUUGAUGUCAGGUGAUUUUAUUUGAGGCAGCAUUAGCGUCUUGAUGUUGCCUCAACUCUAAAUGCAGGACUCAGUCCGGUGUCUGAAAGUGGUUUCAAAUUCAUCCAAAGUUUAACGUCUUGCUCCUUCUCAGCACUUUUCGUUUUUGGUCAUUUGUUUUUGUUUUACUUUACAUUGCACUUUAACUUAAUACUACAUUUACUAACAUAUCAGUUAUAUUGCACAGCUAAUACAGAACAAAAUAAUUACCAUAUCAGAAGUAUUGGACUUUAAGUACAGAAGAUUGUAGCAAGUUAUGGGGUUAGAAUAUUGCGUUCAAAACUUGCAUUCGUAUGUUUUAUGUAUUUAAAAGUAAACAUCUAAAAAUGAAUAUAUUGAAAGAGCUGAUAAUAUAGAUCUAAUAAAAGUUAUAUCACACAGCCCUAUUAAUAAACUUCUAAAACAAAAGAAAUAAAGUAGAAUGUAUUUUGACAAAGGUAGCCCACAUAUGAAACUUGAACUUUCAGAUUUCAGUCAAGAUGAUCCAGUUUCUAAUAAUUAGGGUGAAGUUGAUACCUUUUUGAUUAUCAUAUUCCUGGCAGCUAUAUUCUCACACUCACACAACUUGAAGCCCAAAGUUGCUACUCCUACAUUUUCAGUGAAAGGUGUCGCUGCCAUUUAUUUUUCAGAUGUUGUAUUCUACCACUUGUCAUUAAGAGUGAAUUUAAUCUUUCCUUUUAAUCAGUAGUAUUUUUCUUUUAUUUAAAUAAUGUAUUUCAGCGCUAUCAUAUCUGGCACUUUAGUCUGAAAGAAGUCAAUCCAAUGAAGAAUUGUAUUAGAAAUGAAGUAUAGUACCGCAGGUGCUUGAACGGACAUACUGGUAAUAUAGACAUGCUGUGUGUGUGACAUGUACAGCCCUGUGAACUGUACUGUGUGUGCAUGUUAAUAUAAUGGGAAUGUGACAACAGUGUUCAGAAAAACCAGCUGCACAUCCUCAACCCUAUGUUUGUGCCAUUCCUCCUCUACUGCUCCUCAGGCCUCUUGAUGUGGACCCAUAUUUACUUUUAUUAAAGAGAAUAACUAAGUGUAUUCCUAAGGUAUAGCCCAUUCUGACCCACACUGACUCCAUUAGACUGUUUUCACUAAACCUUAGGGCCAAAUCAUACAUGUAUGUUCCGUCUGUUUCUUACUAUCCAGGUAAAUACUCCUUUCAUUCAUCAUGCAUGCAGUUUUCUGUUACAAGGUUCUCUCAACAUGUACUUGUCCUUGCCCAAUUUUUGGGUUUCACCUUUCUCAUACUGUUACAGCUAAAAGAGGAGUCUAAAAUUAGCAUUAGAAACUGAUUUUGGAAUAAAGUUUAAAGAGAAUGGUUGAAUUUAUGAAUUAAUGAUUGCAUGAGAGUUAAUCAGCUUAUUUUGCAUAAAAGAAAUGUCUCAAAUCUGCACCUUCACGUACCCAUCAUGAAGUUUCACUCAUAUAUCUCCUAUUUUUAUGUACAGUCAGGGGCACACAGACCCCACCUCCAAAAGCUGACCACUGGGGGUGUCCUUUACGCACAAAUACUGAAUUACCCUAAAAGGGUUAACUCCUUUCCCUCCCUGUAAAAAUGCACUAAACACCGACAAGUGUUUCUGUUGAAUUUUGCCACGUCCACUGUUCAUGUCAUUUCAUUGUUUACACACAAGACGAUGACUUUGUGAUCUCUGUAACACAUUGUUCCUACUCAGAAAACUUGUUUUUUUUUUACUUCAUGUAUGUUGACAUACCAAAAAUGCUCUCCUCUCAAAGUACAUAACCUGAAUAUAAACUAUGGUAACAUGUUGUGUGUGCCAUAAUAAAAUAUUAACCAGU